UUUAUUUGUAGUUCAACAUCUUGGCAUGGUUUCCUUUAAUCCCUGAAAUCUUGCACAAAUAUGCUUACAAAAUGACAUUUUCAUGAUAAAAUUCUACCUCUCCUACCUUUCACCUUCCGAUGGCUCGAUUUUCGUCAUGGGUCCAAGAGCGCCAUUUCCCCAGCCUUCAUAUCCCCAUCUCCAUAGACAGAUCAUUCUCGGUCGUUCCUGAAGGACCGAUUCAAGCUCGAGAUGGGGAUACUUUGUAUCUCUCAAACCUUGAUGACAUCAUUGGAGCUCGGGUUUUCACCCCCACUAUUUACUUUUAUAUUGUGGGCGGAAACUCAAUUGAUGAUGUUGUGGGCACUUUACGAGACGCCCUUGCUAAGGUUUUAGUCCCCUACUACCCUUUUUCGGGUAGGUUAAGGGAGACCAAAAAUAAGAAGUUGGAAGUGUUUUUUGGGCCUAACCAAGGUGCACUCAUGGUUCAGGCCCAUACUGAGUUGUCAUUGGACCAUUUAGGUGAUCUCAAUGUUCCUAACCCAGCUUGGUCCAAUUUGGUUUACAAGUUUCCCAAUGAAGGUGACUAUAAGGUUAUUGACAUGCCUUUGCUAAUAGCCCAAGUUACUAGGUUUAGUUGUGGUGGGUUUAGCCUUGGAUUAAGGAUUUGUCAUUGUAUAUGUGAUGGGCUUGGGGCAAUGCAAUUUCUUGGAGCUUGGGCCUCCACCGCAAGAACGGGCUCAUUGGUUGUGGAUCCGAACCCUUGUUGGGAUCGAGAAAUUUUUGCGCCUCGUGAUCCUCCGUUGGUUACGUACCCUCAUGUCGAGUUUAUGAAGAUCGAUGACAUUUCUAACUUGACAAAUAGUUUAUGGGAAGUGAAACCGCUUCAAAAGUGUUAUUGGCUGAGUCGGGAAUUCCAAGCUCAUUUGAAGAGCGUGGCUCGGCCCAUGGAUAGUUUGGGAUGCACCACUUUUGAUGCUAUGGCCGCUCACGUUUGGAGAUCAUGGGUAAAAGCGCUAGACGUGAAACCACUAGACUUUGGGCUACGCUUGACCUUUCCAGUCAAUGCUCGGCCCAAGCUCAAAAACCCACCUCUCAAAGACGGGUUUUAUGGGAAUGUAGUGUGCAUAGCAUGUGCCACUAGCACCGUAUCCAACCUUGUAAACGGGUCGCUCCAAGAUGUGACCCGUUUGGUCCGUGAAGCCCGGUUAGGGGUUUCAGAAGAGUAUUUAAGAUCAACAAUAGAUCAUGUUGCCGUGGAUAGACCAACUAAGCUUGAGUUUGGAGGAAAGUUAACAAUCACCCAAUGGACCCGGUUUUCAAUGUAUGAGACAUCAGAUUUCGGGUGGGGUCGAGCCAUUUACGUGGGCCCACUCGACUUGACCCCAACACCUCAAGUUUGUGUUCUCCUCCCUGAAGGGGUGGCUAAUUCUAAUGGUGCAAUGGUGGUAUGCAUUUGUUUGCCAGAGGCUGCUGCCCAUAGAUUCAAAGAGUUAUUGUGCUUGAUGGAUACGUCAUAAUCUAGUUUCACCAUUAAGUUGAAAGGCUACCAAAAAUGUGAUAAUUUUCGUUUUUUAAAUGGUUGUUUUUAUAACACUGUGUAUUUUAAAAGCUAUAUUAUUGCACAUUUUAUUUGUAGUAAGUUAUGCACGGUGUGUGAUGCAACGAAUUAGGCGAAAAUGGUGAUUAACUAGUGGAUCAAUAUUCAAGUAAAUUUUAUCGAUUUCA